AUGCAUAUUCUCUUUCCGCUGCCGAAGAAGCGUGGCAAACCCGAGGAGAAUCCAUUCGGUAUAAUAAUGGAUUUAGCUGAGCCAGUUGUUGAUAUCGCAAUCGAGGAAGUGUAUCGUCGUCAAAUAGUGCCACUCGGUUCCUUAGUCACUCAUUUCAAAGACACACAACUCUCAGAUGCACACGGUCCCAACGUUGCAAUCAAUCAGCUGGUUAAAGGCAAGCUCGACUGUAUAAUUGGCUAUGCGUUCGUCUAUGCGUUAGCACCAGUUGCUCGAAUGUCACCAUACUGGAAGAGUGCAACGAACGAUGGCAUUCCAGUCAUCACUUCUAUUGGUCUAACAUCCAAUCUCGAUAAUCGUACUGAAUAUCAAUUAAUGACACGAAUCACAAGUCCCUAUAAAGUGGUCACGCGUGCCGUUACCAAAAUCUUCGAUCAAAUGAACUGGUUGAAAGUGGCUUAUAUUUUCAACGAGCAGCGCCACGGUAGCAGCAAUACUGGUAUUCCAUACGGUGAAUGUUACCUGCAGAUGGCAUCAUUACAACGUCUUCAAUAUAAGAAAAAUAAAAUGGAUCAUAAUUAUUUCAUGUUUAACGAGUUGAAGCACGACCUUGAUGUACUGCGCGACAGUCUUCGUAAAGCCAGUAUGCUUAGCAAUGGUCAGUACUUUUCUUUAUUUGCUGCCUCUGAUUGA